UACUGUUGAAUAUUUCAGGCAUGACUGCCAAAGACUGUCCAUCAUUGUGGGGCUUUGGAACAACAAAAACAUUUAAAAUUCCUGUUGAACAUUUGGAUUUCAAAUAUAUUGAAAAAUGUUCAGAUAUUAAACACUUGGAAAAAAUUUUUUGUGUGCUCAGGUCUGGUGAGGAAGGAUAUUAUCCUGAACUUACAGAAUUUUGUGAAAAGCGCCUUAAAAGCUUAGCUCCUCAAAGUAGAGCCUUGAGGAAAGAUAAGCCUGCAGCAACAGCAUCCAGUUUUACGGCAGAAGAAUGGGAAAAAAUCGAUGGCGAUAUAAAGAGUUGGGUAUCAGAAAUUAAAAAAGAAGAAAAUAAAAUACACUUCCCUGAAACUGAAACAUUUCCAGCCAUGAACAAUAAUUUGCCUCCAGUUCGUGGUUCAAACAGCUGUCUUCCUGUUGGCAAGGAAAAGUAUUCUAAAAGUAAGCCAGCUAAAAAGAAAAUUCCAAGGGAUUAUGCAGAAUGGGAUAAAUUUGAUGUGGAGAAGGAAUGUUCAAAAAUUGAUGAAGAUUACAAAGAAAACACUGUCAUAAACAAGUCACAUUUAUCUAAAAUUGAGACAAGGAUAGAUACAGCAGGACUAACUGAUAGGGAAAAGGAUUUUUUUGCUACUCAUGAAAAGGAAAAAGGAAACGAAGCUUUCAACUCAGGGGAUUAUGAAGAAGCUGUGAUGUAUUAUACAAGGAGUAUAUCAGUGCUUCCUACCGUAGCUGCGUAUAAUAACCGAGCUCAAGCAAAAAUCAAAUUACAGAAUUGGAAUAGUGCUUUUCAGGAUUGUGAAAAGGUCUUGGAGUUAGAACCUGGAAACUUAAAAGCUCUUCUGCGCCGUGCCACUACAUAUAAACAUCAAAACAAGCUCCAGCAGGCUGUAGAAGAUUUGAGUAAAGUACUGGAUGUUGAACCUGAUAAUGAUUUGGCUAAGAAAAUCUUGUCAGAGGUUCAACAAGAUCUGAAAAAUGCUGAACCUGCAUGUAAGACUCAAACCAAAGGAAAAAGGAUGGUUAUUCAGGAAGUAGAGAACUCCGAAGAUGAAGAUGGAAAGGAUAGUGGAAGAAAACAUGAAGAAGGCAGUGGAGAUAAGAAGGCCGCGGAGUCGGCGGGAGCCGGCCGUGCUGGCGAGCCGCGCGCCAUGGGCAACAUCCAGAAGAAGCUCACCCGCAGAGGCGAAGGCGGCAAGCGGCCGGAGAGGGGCGCGCCGCGGCGGGGGCCGGCAAGGGCGCCGGCACCGGGCACCGACAAGCAGCGCCGGCCGCGGGCCCUGGCGACGGCGACGGGGGGCGGUGCCAACGGGCACACGGGCGGCGGGCAGGAUGCCGCUGACCCCGCUGCGCCCGACGCGUCCCCGGGGCCCGGCGCGCCGCCCGCCCCAGCGGGCCUGAAGAGCGAGGGCAACGAGCUGUUUAAAAACGGGCAGUUCGCGGAGGCGGCCCUCAAGUACUCGGCGGCGAUAGCGCAGCUGGAGUCUGCAGGAAAUGAAAGUGCAGAUGAUCCAAGUAUCUUAUAUUCAAAUAGAGCAGCAUGUUACCUAAAAGAAGGAAACUGCAGUGGCUGCAUUCAAGAUUGUAACAGAGCCCUGGAACUUCAUCCAUUCUCAGUCAAACCUCUUCUGCGACGAGCAAUGGCCUAUGAAGCUUUAGAGCAGUAUCGGAAAGCUUACGUGGAUUAUAAAACAGUGUUGCAAAUAGACUGUGGAAUCCAGGUAGCAAAUGACGGUAUCAACAGAAUAGCAAGAGUUUUAAUGGAUCUGGAUGGACCAAACUGGCGGGAGAAGCUGUCACCCGUCCCAUCUGUGCCCACUUCUGCGCAACUGCGAGCGUGGCAUCCUGCAGCAGUGACCAGGUCGGCCCAAGCGGGAGAUUCCAGCAGCCGUCAGCAACCAGGCAUUCCAGAUGAAAAACUGUUUAGAACCCUUAAGGAAGAAGGAAAUCAAUGUGUAAAGGACAAAAAUUAUAAAGCUGCCCUUAGUAAAUACAGUGAAUGUUUAAAGAUUAACGACCAGGAAUGUGCCAUAUAUACCAACAGAGCUCUCUGUUACUUGAAGCUAUGCCAGUUUGAAGACGCAAAGCAGGACUGUGAUGAGGCGCUUCAGAUAGAUGAUGGGAACGUGAAAGCUUGCUAUAGACGAGCUCUGGCUAAUAAAGGACUCAAGGAUUAUCAGAAAAGUUUAAAUGAUCUCAAUAAAGUUCUCCUAUUAGACCCAAGUAUUGUUGAGGCAAAGAUGGAACUGGAAGAGGUAACCAGAUUCCUUAAUAUUAAGGAUAAUACAGCAUCAUUCAGGAAAGAAAAGGAGAGAAGGAAAAUUGAGAUUCAAGAGGUGAGUGAAAGAGAGACGACUGGAGAGACGACUGGGAGGACCUCACCAGAUGUCUCCAUUGACAGCCUUGCUUCUGAAAAGGGAAAUGAAAGCAAUGGGCCACCAGAACCCUGUGAGAAACUACAGAUCUGCAAGCCUAAUAAUGCCUAUGAAUUUGGUCAAGUUGUAAAUGCUAUAAAUACUAGGAAAGAUAAAGACGCUUGUGCAGAGCUUUUAGCCAUCACUGAACCGAAAGACUUGCCAAUGUUGUUGAGUAACAAACUUGAAGGGGACAUGUUUCUCCUCUUCAUUCAGUCUCUGAAAAAUAAUCUUAUUGAUAAAGAUCCCUCUUUGGUGUAUCAGCAUCUUUUAUAUCUGAGUAAAGUGGAAAGGUUUAAGAUGAUGUUGACACUAAUUAGCAAGGGCCAAAAGGAGCAAAUCGAACAGCUAUUUGAUGACCUUUUAAACACAUCAACCAACCAGUUUACUUUAGAAGAUUUACAGGCCCUCAAAAGGCAGUAUGAGCUUUAAGUCAAGAUUCCUGUUAGGUCUCUUCCAGGCAUGUGUGUGUUCAGUGAUGCUAAUGAGGUGGUGGUGGGACAGAAUUACGUGGAUAAAGCCCGACUGAGAAAAGAUCCCUUGGUCUGGACCAUAAUAUAUUUUACUUAUUUUUAUAUACAGAACAUGUAUAUUCUCUAAUCUGCCUUUUACUAGUUGUAAAUAUUCUCUUAUGUACCAGAGAGCCUAGCGUCUUUAUAUUUAACAAUAAGUAUAAUAAGUAUAUUUGGAACUUGUUCAAAAUGCAUUUUAAGUUAUACUACACAUUUUCUUUUAAUAACUCGUUAAAAAUUUGAGUUAAAUUGCAUUUCUUUGGGCUAUGACAGAGUCCUCUUCGGUUUAGCAGAAAUGUAUUUGCAAUUAUUUUUAAAAGAAAGUCAUUAACAGUGAUUAUUAUAUUAUCUUUAUUUCCUGUUAAGAUCUAUAAAUAAAUCCCAUUUUAUACUGCUUAUGGAUACAGUCAGUUAAGAUGAAAUCCCAAUUUAAGUCUAUGCUAUGAUAAAACCAUAUGAUUAUUAAAUAAAUUGUGUUUAUUAAUUUACAGCUAUAAGAGGAACUUAUUUUUUCUAAUAUGGAAACAUUGCCUUAUAAUUUAAGACCAAAAUUUGCUAAAAAUUUCUAACACUUUUUAUUAGAUUUUAAGAAGUUAGUUUCCCUUUUAUAUUGCCUAAACCAAAGGAACUACUAUAUAAAAGCAAACUAAGCUUGUAUUUCUAUUUGAAUUGUCAUCCCCUCAUUUUCCCCAGACAUUUCAAUGUAUCCCCAUCCCCUUUUUGUUUUCUGCUUUAAACGUGACCGUAUUUAUUCCCUUACUGUAAAAGGGAAAAUCAAGAACUCUUAUCACAGUGAAGCUCCUCCUGAUUGUUCACUGGGUCAGAGUAAAGGUAUUUCUUGUAAUAAAGCAUUCAGGGCUCUAUCAGUAUACUGUCAUUUAUUCCUGUAGUCUGUAGUCAGUUCCCUUUUUCUGGAGAAUUUUCUUGUUCAUUUUCUUAGUAAAGAUGAAAGAUAAAAUAUCACGUUCAUUAUUUCCAUAUCCAUUUACUAUUUAAUCUUUUAUAAUUACAGACUAUAUCAAAAAUCAUCUUGGGUAAACGGUAACUUUCAAACUGUGUGCCAUUUUCCUUUUCUUUCUUUUGUUCAUUCAUGAAAAUCUGCUAUAAUAGGUACUUAAUUCCAACCUUAAUGCAAACAAAUAUAACAGGUUUUCCCUUUUUGUUGUUGUUGUUAGGUGAUGUUGAGUCAGUUUGGACUCAUAGCGACCCAAUGUACAACAGAGCACAACACUACCUGGUCCUGCCCUUUGUAAUACUAUUAAAUUUUUAUAAUAGUAAAUGACGGAUUGUGUUAAGAUUGUACCCUGUGUAUGGAGUUUACUUAUGGAAACGGGACCCCUCUUUUCCUUUACAUAGCAACAGGAGAUUUAGAGUAACUUCAUAGUAAAGACACAAUAAAAAGAAAACUUUCUUUUCUGUUGACAAUUACAUAUCCAGCACCUAGCACAGUGCCUAAUACAGUCAUGUCGAUAUUUAUAACUGAUAGUUCUUCAUCUUUAGUUUGUGCCAGGCACUGCUCAUAAAGCUUAUCCCACAUUAUCUAAUUUAACCUCCUAACAAUUCUGUUACAGAUGAGGAAAGCAUGGUAUAGAGAAGGUUGUAUAGAUUAACACCAAAGUGUUACAAAAGGGUCACAAAAGUGAUAGGUCCCAGAUUCAAACCUGGGCAGUCUGUCUUUUGAACUCAUCAACACUGUGCUGUGUGAUGAAAACUAUUUAUUAAAUAUAUGAUGGAAUAAUGAGUAAACUGCCUGGCCUUCAAGAGUUACAGCUUAGUGGAGGCAAGGAAUAUGUAAAUGACCAAUUUUGGUAAACUAAUAGAGGUAUUUAUAGUGAUGACACAGAGCAAGAGGAGCACUCAGUCCUGCUUGUGGGGGGUGGGGGGGAAGGUUUCAAGGAGGAAGUAAUCUACCAGCCUGAGUUUGUCACAUGGUGGAGAAACAAGGACAUGUCAGGCAGAGGAGCAGAGAUGCAAAGACAUCAAGGUGCUCAACAGCUUGAACGGAAGUUGUGAAAUACCUUGGUAUGUUCAGGGGACUGAGAGUUUAAUAUUAAUGGAGCAUAAGGUUUGUGUGAAGGUGGUAAUACCUGGAUAGAAUAGAGAGUUGUAUGCUACAUGUAAGAUGGCAGGAAGUCUCAGAGUUUUAAAUAUACAAGUAGUUCCUUUGUGGGUCAGGCAUUACUACUCUUAGCCAAUACCUUUCUUCCCCAUCUGGGUAUACACAAGACUAUACUUCUCAGCCUCUUUGUGAUUGGCUGCAUCAUGUAACCAAUUCUAGCAGUGGGUGUGGGUAGAAGUGACAUGUGUGUCACUUCCUGGGCCAAAGUAUACAAGAGCUGGCAAAGCCAUCUGGCUGACCUUCUCCUUGCUACAGAGACCAAGAAGGCCUCAUGUUCCAGUGCAGUUACAAGGUGAUGGUACCUCCCAGCUUGGUUUGAAGCAGAGUCCCACCAAUUUGCAAAGGACACAUGGCAGGUAUAAAACAUAAACUUUGUAUUAAGCCAUCAUGUGCACUGUCAUAGCACUUACCACAUUGGUAUUUUUGCAUUUACCUGCCUGUAACAGCAAAGUCUGAUUCAUUCGCUCCCCCGUCUUGCUCAGCAGGAUGCCUGGCACAACACUCAAUACACCCUCACUGAAUGAAUGAGAAGCAUUACUAACUGUAUCACCUUAUUCUUGGUACACACACAUUAAAGUGCUCCACUGGAAUGUCAGCACUCGUUACCUCUAAUUGCUGUGAAUCAUGCAUCUGGAAGUUAGAAAAGUCUCAAAUACAGUAAGUCUAGAGAGUGCGGGUUAUUCAUCAUCGAAGCUUAACUCAUGCCUCAAAGACCUUAUAAGCAAAGUUCCAAGGCACAGGUGAAAAGGAAGGAAAAAGGCAAAGGCUCUUCAGUGAAAACUAGACAUGAAAAUUAUUUACUAGGUAUGUAUAGGGUCACUGUGAGUUGGAGUUGACUUGAUGGCAAUGGGUUUGGUUUUUUUUUAAUCCUGAGCAGAUCACAAUUGCUGUAGGCAUAACUGCUUUUUUUGUAAAAUGUUAUCUGGGCUGACAUUUCAUGUGUUACAAAGCUCAUGUAUGAAAAUGCUUUCUAAGCGGUAUACUAUUGCAGGUUCACAGACGAACGAAAGGUCCCCCCCAACCCCGUAUGGAGCUUGAAUCUAGAGUUCCACAUUUCCUGACUACUUCUUGUUGUGUGCCGUCAAUUCCAACUCAGCAACCCUAUAUGACAGAGUACAACUGUCCCAUAGGGUUUCCUAGGCUGUAAUCUUAUUAACAGGAGAUUUGCCAGGUCUUUUCUCCCACGGAGCUGCUGGUAGGUUAGCAACCAAACACUUAACCAUUGUGCCACCAGGACUCCUUUGUCUCCUAACUAUGGACCAUCAUUGGCUUCUGUAGUUGUUAGCACAUGUUCCCAUGGCCCAUUACCCACGUCUCCCUCAGCCUCAGGACCUUGACUAAAAUAACAGGCUAUCCCACGUGACUGCUCCAAUCAGCUUUCUUCCCUUUUCACCAAUUCUUCCCCCCCCCGCAGAGAGUAUUCUUCCUUUUAAUGCUCACCCCUCAUCUGUGCUCUUGACCCCAUCUCCUCUUCUUCCAGGACUCGCCUCCAAGAGUAAUGCCUUCUUACAUCUGCAAUCUCUUGCCACUGCCUUCUUCCUCUCAGCCUACAAACCUAUUCAACUUUUCACAUAAAGAAAAGUCCUUUCAGCCUCAAGCUUCCAUCCUUUCCUAUAGUCAUGUUUUAAAAAUAACUUUGGCCAUUUUCCCCACUUCCCAUUUACUCCUUUUUAAAAGGAAAUUUGGCUUCGGACUCCCUUCACUAGUUAAACUGUUCUCAACAACCAUGUUCAAAUCCAGCAGCUUUUUCUCAGUUGUAGAAUUAGGUUACGUUAUAGCCUGAAGACAUUUCUUUUAGAGAUCAUCUUAUCUAAAUUUAAUCCCUUUAUUUAUACUAAAGCCUAACUGAGAAUACUGCCUAUUUUGAAAUGCAGAGAAACUGUAACUAUACUGGUUUCCCCCUUUUGCUAAGAUUUAUUUGUGGGCAAAGGAGAUGAAAUUUGAAAAGUGAAGAGGCAAGCCUUAUGUGCAGGUACAACAUUGAGUCCAAAAAGGCCGUUGUAUUUCUGAACUGCUCAGAAGGCACCAUAAUAUACUCUAGACAAACUCGGAGAGUACUUGUUGCAUGAGCAAGAUCUCAAAGUGCAAAGGGCUCUACAUACUGACAGUGUAAAGUGAUGGAUAUGUUGAAAAUUUGAUUAUCUGUCAGGAAAGCUUCAAAGACAUGGCGAUGCUGGUUUAACCUUUUCAUUUUCUCUUCUUGAUGGAUCUCGGGGAAAAUGCCCUUCAUCCUCCCAAUUUGUGGUGCCUCACUGAUAGAAACAGUGUACUUCUUACACUUUUCUAGAGAUCUUCUCAGGAGGAAGCAGACAGGGUUGAUUCUGUGUUAUGUGCAGAGAUUAAUCAGGAGUUAGGGUAGAACAUUACAUUAACGUUAUUUCAAAUGUAUUUUCUUAUACUUGUUUUUCUAAUACAUUACGGGCUUUGCUUUCUAGGAACAGGCAGGAGCAAAGGAUGUUCCUUUGGAAUUUGUUUUACUUUCCUUUUAGCUUACAAGCGCUACCCUGACCAGAAGCAUGCCUAGAAAAUGAUGUGAAGUCACAGAAUCCUGCCUUCUCUGAGUUCUCUAUACAGGAAUAGCUAAGUGUUAGCAGAGAUCCCCUGUCUCGAGAAUACAAUGAAUUCCAUCAAAGUUUAUAGGUUUUGAUGCCUUUUGCUAAAAAUCAUGUAAAAGAGAUAGUUGAAGGUUAAUUGAUGGUAGAAAAAUCAAUGAAAAACAAGCAAGGGACAGAGUAUGAAACUCGCACAACUGCCUUUCUCUCCUUUUCUCUAGGAGACUGCUUAAGAGCAUCAGAUAAACUUGGAAUCAACUCCCAGCUCUACUUAUGAGCUGUAUGACCUUGCAGACUUCAGGUUCCUCAUCUGCAAAAUGGGGAUACCUCCCUACCAGAGUUGUUGUAUUAUGUAGUUCAUGUAAAAUGCCUGGUGGUACUUAAUAAGAUGUAACACCUUUUCUUCCCAUUUGUAUAAUUGCUUUCUUCCCAUAAUUACAUUUAUCUCAUCUAUGUUUAAAAAAGAUUAAGAAAGUUCCUUUAAAUAGUAUGGACACCUUCAUUUUUUACCUACUGAAUAAGAGAUACUCAUUAAGACCCCUCCAAUAGAAAUAGUAUAGCCAGAGAAGUGGCUGGCCUUGGAUCUCUGGUGCCAUCUCCUGGGAGUUGGUCAUGUUACAAUAGCUAAGAGAUGCCUCCACAGGUUGUGGCAACAUGCAAACGGGUGAACGUUCAAAGAGUCUGGUCCAGGCUGGUCGGUGCUUAGUAAAUGUUUUGUUGAAUGAAUGAAAGUAAAGGAUACUGCCCUAAAAGGUCCUUUGGUUUCCAAAGUUUAAAGGAAUUCCUGUUAUUGAGAAUGACACUUUAAAUAUUUCUCAAAGACUGGUACUUGGGAUAUUUGCAUCAGAAUCACCUGGGAAUCUUAGAGUCCAGGGAAUUGAGAAUCUGGCUUUAAAAGUACAUCCUGUAAGGUUCUUAUGCACGUUGGAGUAUGUGGCCCACUAGUCUAAAAGGUGAAUGCACAGUAGCUAACAUCUGAGUUGCAUGGGCAUUGUAAGUGGACUAACGUAUUUAUUACCGUCUCAAUCAAGUAUUGUGGCCGAUAAAUAAAACAGACAGUUCCUAUUUUAGUGAGCUUAUGCUUAAUUUGCAAAGCCUGGUGGCGUAGUGGUUAAGUGCUGUGGCUGCUAACCAAAAGGUCUGCAGUUCGAAUCCACCAGGCAGGCGCUCCUGAGAAACCCUAUGGGGGC